AUAAAUGUCAAUGUCAAACCAAGUAAAAUAUAAAAUGGUGGUUGUUAUGCAGAGAAAAUUUCCAAAAUAUGUUUUUUAAACUUUGGAUUAGCUUUAAUUUAUAGGAGUUUAUUUUUAAGGGGAAUAUGUGCAUUUAUCAAACCUAGACAAGUGGGAAUAUUAUGGUGAACACUCUAAAGUGAUGACAAGCCAAAACUCUACACAGAGGUAUCAACCCUAUAUUUUUGAUCAAUUCCGUCAAUCUGAUGGCCAAUGGGAAUCUUCAUCAGCCACCAAUCCUCCCACUGUUCCUGCUAGGGGUGUCAAACGAAUCACCCCGAGUGAAUUAUCACACGUUUAUGAAGAAACUUCAUGGAUGGCACCACAAACGUUAUCACAGAUGGAUAAUAAUGUAGUACACCAAUGCAACUUACUCAUGCGUCAAAAUAAUAUGAAUGCAAGUCCGGCAGAUGAGGUGAACUUCAGAAAUCAAAUUAGCAUUAAUGAACAUGAUGUUAAUGUUAAUAAUGUACAAAGUCCGCUAAGAUCCAGCUCAAAAUAUUCAUUUUCUUCUUGGUACCAUGGCAAAAUUUCACGAGAUGAAGCAGAAAACUUAUUGCGUCCUAGGUCAGAUGGCCUGUUCCUAAUUAGAGAAUCAACUAACUUUCCAGGCGACUAUACCCUUUGUGUUUGCUUUCAAUCAAAAGUCGAGCAUUACAGAGUUAAAUCAAAUAGUGGUAGGUUGACAAUUGAUGAUGAGGAAUUUUUUGACAAUUUAGAAGAACUGAUUGAACAUUACAAGAAAGAUGCUGAUGGAUUGUGUACGAAAUUAGUCAAAACUUUGCCCAAAGAAAGUGAAGUCUUGUAUUCCAACACUAAGAUGUCAAUUGUUAAGGAAGGAGAUGAUCUGUUUGUUAUUCCAGAGCCAGAGCUAACAAUAUGUGAGUCCAUAGGCAAAGGAGAAUUUUGUGAGGUUAUGCUUGGAAAAUGGAAAAACAAUAAAGUGGCUGUUAAAGUAUUGAAGGAUUCAAGCGAAGCUGAAGCAAUUUUAAUGAAAUCACUACACCAUGAAAACUUAGUUAAUUUGCUUGGAAUUGUAAGGAAGAAGGAUCAGAUCUACUUGGUGACAGAAUACAUGAGUAAAGGGAGUUUAGUGGACUAUCUGAGAUCCAGAGGGAGACAGCAUGUCACAAAAAAAGAUCAAAUUAAUUUUGCUUUUGAUACUAGCUCUGGAAUGGAGUAUUUGGAAAUGAUGCAUGUUGUACAUCGAGAUUUAGCUGCCAGGAAUGUACUGAUUGCUGAAAAUGGCAGAGCAAAAGUAUCUGAUUUUGGCUUGGCUAGAAAUGAAAAGAAUGCUACUUCUGAGUCAGCUAAAUUGCCAAUUAAAUGGACUGCUCCUGAAGCUCUCAAACAAAACAAAUUUUCAAAUAAAUCUGACAUGUGGAGUUUCGGAAUCCUAUUAUGGGAAAUAUAUUCUUUUGGUAGAGUACCUUAUCCUAGGAUACCAUUGGCAGAUGUGGUGAAACAUGUGGAAAAAGGUUAUAAAAUGGAAGCUCCUGAAGGAUGUCCUCCAGAAGUAUAUGAAAUUAUGCGACAGGCAUGGGAUUUGAAUCCAGACAAGAGACCGUAUUUCCACGAAGUUAAGGCGAAACUUGGACACUUGAAAAUGCAAACAACAUUGUGAAAAAAUUAUCUAAUAUAAUAUAUACUGAGUAGUGUUUGUUAGAGUGGAUGUGGUAUGCAUAGGUAUAAUAUGCAAAAAUAUUUUAAAAUAAUUCUAUUAUUUCACCGUUUUCAUUAACAAAGUCAUUAAUUUUCAAUGUUUUGACAUGCGGGGUUUUAGUUUAAGUUUGAGUCUAAAGUAGUAUUCACCAUGCAUUCCAAUUAUCAACAUCAAAAUCGAUUAAUUUAUUUAUUUUUUCUGAAGCAACACAAUUCUAUUAGGAAAUAAAUAUCGAUAUGGAUUAUUUUCAGUAUUUCUAAACAGAAAAUUGUUUACCUUCAAAAAUAAUCUAUUUCCUUUUCACAAGUUGAAAAUUUACUUUUUUGAAUCAUAAAUAAAUUCAUCGGUUUAAUAUAUAUUGUUACUAAAUAUUUCAUGUUUAUUUGGGUGGGUGUUAGUAUUUUUGUUUCUAAUUAUUAUUUAUGUUUUAUUAUUUAAGAGAAUGUGAAUAACGAACCUUACAAGAAGAUAAGAAUAACACAAAAGAAUAUUGCAAGCAUACUAUUAAGUUUUGAACUGAAGUGACCCCUCUAUUUGAAGUAUUCACCUAUACCAUGGAUUAAAGACUUCCUAGAUAUAUAAUAUUAUUGGAAAUUUUAUCUAUAAUGAAAAAAAUCCGUAAAUGUCUCUAGCACCCAGUGAUUGAAAUAUUUUAUGCAAGUUUAAAACCAGUUUAUGUGUAUCGAUUUGUGGUUUUACUAUACAACAUUGCAUAUUUAUCUUUUCUGUAAAAACUCUUUGUAUGUUUAAACUGAACAUUGUGAGGUUAAAACUACAUUUUCCAAAUUUGAUGUUAAAAAUAAUAAAAUAAAAAGUUUCUAUUUGAUUUUAGAAUUGUUGGAAAAAAUAGUGCAAAUGUUAAUCUUUAUAAUUGAAAUUUUGAGACAGAAAUAAGCGAAGUUAACAAAAGUCACAUUUAAUAAUAGGUAAACCAAAGGAAAAACAAAAACAUUCAUAAAACAGUAAUGUACGUAACUAAAAAACAUUUCUUUAAUAUAAAGAAUUUAUUUAUAGAACAAAAUUAGGAACAUUUUAAUCCUUAUAUUCUAAUUAUUGCUUAUAUUAAUACUUAUAUUGAAAUUUGAACAAUUGGUUCCAAUUUAUUUGAAUUGUUAGGUAUAUUUAAUUGCUCUAGACGUUGAUAAAUAUCAACUAAUGAGAAAGUGUGAUAAUGCACACAAUGAUCGCCCUCUUGACGUCGAAGUUAACCUACUUUCUCCGCACUGAACUUCAAAACAUAACCUCACUUUUCUACUGUAGUUAGUAGCUGAAAUUGACUUCUCUUAGCUAAAGGCUGAUAGAAUUUGUACCUUCUCAUGAGUGUUCAUAUAACAAACAGUCAGCUGGUUACAAGAAAACUAAUAUAUGGUAGAAUAUAGGGAAUCGUCAAGAAAGAAAGGUUACAGUUUUCGAUAUCUGUUAAUUUUCUUUUGAAAUAUUCAAGAAAUUUAUCUUUGUGUGUCUGAUGUUUUGUUUCAAUAUGUCUACGAAGAAGUAAUGGUUUUAAACUGCUCUUGGAAGGACUUUGUUACAUAUAACACAAAGCUGUUUAGAUUCCGACUCAUCCCCAGGAAAAUUUCCUUUGUUUUUUGUCAAGUGAAACGGUACUUCACUACAGCUUCGAGUACUAUCAUCUCGAUUAUCAUAUCUCGUUUUUAAACGACCCAUUUUUAACCAUAGAUCCAUAAAAAAAGCUAUAAUAAUACUGUAGAACUUCACUAAUCCGACCUCGGAUGUUCUGAGCAUACGGUCGCUGUUACAGUCCUGCUUAGACCAUUUUUUACCGUGUGACUUCUCAAGUUUUAAUUAAGUGCAAAUCAGUUGUGUGUAAAUGCAAUACUGCAAUAAGGUAUGUACAGUUGUUUAUUACACUUUCGUGGAAGAUUUUUUAGUGUGCCGACGUUUUCUUUCCGUUUUAUUAUUGCUUUGACGUGGAAAAAUAUUUCAGACAGUACUUUCAGUUAAAAUUUCAAUUAUAAUCUACUGUAUUGUGAUGUUUACAGGUCAAUAAAUACUUUCCUCUGAUAAUCCGACUUCUUUUGCGAUCCGACCAUGCUUCCGGUCCUGAAGGGGACGGAUUAACGAGGUUCUACUGUAAUUAAAUUAAUAAUUAUUAAAUCAUUUACACGAAAACUCGACAUUCACAGUAUCGCUCAAGUUUUACAAGUGCUGAGCCUUUGUAUGGCGUUUUAUUAGAUCCGCCAUUACAAUAUUAUUUUCGCGAACCUUCAGGGGUAUGAAACCACCGGUUGGGAAUCACUAUUAUUGUGGACAUAUAUUUCUUGAAAUGAUAUCCAUUGAAGUAGAUCUAUAUAGACCAUAGGGCAUAUUAUAAUUUUCACUAUUUUGAAGUUCUGUUACAAAAUUUAAUCGUGUAUUGUUUUGGCAUUUGUACUUACUUUUAUCUUUACAAAUAUAAACUAUUUUGAAUAGCUAAGAUCAAUUUGCCAAAAAAUUUUAUCGGAAUAGUUGAAUGUUUCAAGUCACUCACUUUUAACUUUUUAAUAAUUCAUGUAUUACUAAUUAUAAGGUAAAUGUGUAAAAGUAUUUUGUGUGAUAUUUACUACUUACAGACUCAUUUUUUCUCUCACAAUUUUGAACAUUGGUGGAAUUGUGUUUUAUGCAGGUCGGUUCAUUAUUACUAAAGCUGUUUUCCUAUCAGUAUGUAUCAAUUUUUCCGGGUUACUAGAAGAAUUUCCUAUAUUUCCAAAAAUUAGCACUAGAACUUGUGUCAGUCUGUAUUUUUGGCAUUAGAAUUGUUCUCCUUCUAUUGUACUGUUGUAAUUAUUGAAAAAAAUUAUCUGGAUUAAUUUGAAAAUGUACUAGCUUCAAUAUAAACUGCUGAUUAUAGAAAAACAGUUUUGACAUAUUUUAUUGAAUAAGCCUAAAUAUUUCUUGUGAUAUAUAUAAUUGACAAUCAUAGUAAAUAUUCAUCGAAUUUUUAUUUUAACCUGGAUUUAUUAUUGUACUUUAUCUUUCAUUGUUUACGAAAUUAAUGAACUAUCCUGCAUAUAUAGAUUGUCUUAUCUUUGUACCGCAAAAAUUAUAAAUUCUGUAUAAUAGUAUAUUAUUCAAGAGUGCAUAAUGGAGGUUGGUGAUUUACUACUACUGCUGUAUUUUGUUAAUAACACCCUUAUUGUUAUUAAAAUUUUUGUGAAAUUGUGCAGAACAUGACAAAUCAGAUUUUGGAAGUUCGGCUGAAAGCGCUUGUUUUGAUUGUUUCGAAUGGAUUUGUGUUGAUAAUGUAUAUUUUUUAUUUGUAUUUUAAAAUUCUGCUGGAAUUUGAGAAAUAAACUUUUUUAUGUGUU